GGGCAGCAGCGUCUCCUCAGUCGUCCCAGCUGCUCUCACGGCGGGAGGCUUCUCCGGCCGCUGCCGAACGCUGAUGAAGCUCUCGGAGUAGCUGCUGUUCUGUUCCCUUCCUCACCCUUUGUUGCAAGAGCCCCCGGGCCCGGGGUGCGGCUGGCCUCGGGGACCGCCCCCUCAUGCCGUGGUUUGAAAGUGCCAGUUGCCAGGUCACCUGGAGGAAUCGCUUUAGCUGGAGGCACCGCGGGCCCUGCCCUGCUCCGUAGUGUCGGCUCUUGAGGCUGCUGCUGCCUGGUGAAGAGGGAUUUGCAAGGAGCUGAGCCCUAGUGCAGUUGCAGCAACUAUGGGGCUGCAGCCCUUGGAGUUCAGCGAUUGCUACCUGGAUAGCCCCUGGUUCAGGGAGAGGAUCAGAGCCCAUGAGGCGGAACUGGAAAAAACCAACAAGUUCAUCAAGGAGCUGCUCAAGGAUGGAAAGAACCUUAUCGCUGCAACCAAAAAUCUUUCAGCAGCCCAAAGAAAGUUUGCCCACUCUCUGAGGGAUUUUAAAUUUGAAUUCAUUGGCGAUGCAGAGACGGAUGAUGAAAGAUGUAUAGAUGCAUCCCUGCGUGAGUUUUCAAAUUUCUUAAAAAAUCUGGAAGAGCAAAGAGAAAUCUUGGCACUGAGUGUUACCGAAACGCUGAUCAAACCUUUGGAAAAAUUUAGGAAGGAGCAGCUAGGAGCUGUAAAGGAGGAAAAGAAGAAGUUUGAUAAAGAGACAGAGAAAAACUACAGCUUUUUAGAGAAGCAUUUAAAUUUAUCAGCUAGGAAGAAAGAGCCACAGCUACUAGAGGCAGAUUACCAAGUGGAGCAAAAUAGAAAGCACUUUUAUGAGCUGUCGCUUGAAUAUGUGUGCAAGCUGCAGGAGAUACAGGAACGGAAGAAAUUUGAGUGUGUGGAACCUGUGCUGUCAUUUUUUCAGGGUAUAUUCACUUUCUAUCAUCAGGGCUAUGAACUCGCCAAAGACUUCAAUCACUACAAAAUGGCUCUGCAGAUCAAUAUCCAGAAUACAAGAAAUCGUUUUGAAGGAACAAGAUCGGAGGUGGAGGAGCUCAUGAACAAAAUCAGGCGGAAUCCUCAGGAACAUAAAAGAGCAAAUCAGUUUACAAUAGAAGGCUACCUUUAUGUGCAGGAAAAAAGGCCUGCCCCAUUUGGCUCCAGCUGGGUAAAACAUUACUGCAUGUAUAGGAAGGAGACAAAGAAGUUCACCAUGAUCCCAUUUGAACACAGGUCAGGAGGGAAAAUUGGUGAUGGGGACGUUUUCCUCCUUACAUGCUGUACCAAAAGAAAUGUGGAUACUAUAGACAGACGUUUCUGUUUUGACAUAGAAGCUGCAGACAGAUCUGUUACUCCUGUGACCAUGCAGGCAUUUUCUGAGGAGGACAGGAAGCUGUGGAUGGAAGUCUUGGAUGGAAAAGAAACUCUGUUCAUCAAUUUGUAUAGAGCCAACACAAGACAGGAGGGAAGUGCACAGUUGGAUAAGAUAGGGUUCACAAUUCUGAGAAAAUGCAUCAGUGCCGUUGAAACACGAGAUGCAAAAACCUGCAGUGAAAUUGAUCUGGAAAACUCUGUAGAUUGGGAAGUGAAGACGAUUACUAGUGCUAUGAAGCAGUACCUGAGAAGUCUUCCAGAGCCCCUAAUGACGUAUGAGUUGCACAGAGAGUUCAUCAUUCCUGCCAAAAGUGGCAGCCCUGAGACCAGAGUUAACGCUAUCCACUUCUUGGUUCAUAAACUUCCAGAGAAGAACAAAGAGAUGCUGGACAUUUUGGUGAAACAUUUAGCAAACGUUGCAGACCAUGCCAAGAAAAAUCUAAUGACUGUAGCAAAUUUAGGAGUAGUAUUUGGACCAACCUUAAUGAGGCCGCAGGAAGAAACUGUGGCAGCUAUUAUGGACCUAAAGUUUCAGAAUAUCGUGGUGGAAAUCCUUAUAGAAAACCAUGAGAAGAUUUUCAAAACCCUGCCUGAUGCCACUUUCCCUGAGCCAAUCUCUACGUCAAUAUCUCCUCCAAAUGUCCCACCAAGGCAAUCGAGAAGACAAGGGCAGCGUAAUAAGCGGCCUCUGGCUGUAUAUAAUCUCUGUCUUGAGCUCGAUGAUGUUGACAACCACAGCCCUCCCAGGGAGGACACUCCUACUGGCAGUAUGGAUUCUCUUUCUUCUCACUCUCCUACACCUGCAGUCUCCAGUAGCCCCCCUGAGCCAGACAAAAAUCACCUUAUUCUGGAGAGUGGAGACCUAGCGGACUGGGCAGCCAAUCACCCCAGUCAGAUUCGUUCAUCGAUGGUCUCAUGGUUGAAUACACAGUCCACCACAACACCUACCUCAACUACCAGAACCCCAGCACCGUCAUCUUUCCCCUUCCCCACCUCUGCCACAGGGAGUGACAGACCAGCUGAAAGUGUUCUCAACAGAAGAGCAAGAGCAGUGUACCCUUGUGAGGCAGAACAUAGCUCUGAAUUAUCUUUUCAAAUAGGAGCAGUUUUUGAAGAUGUGCAACUUUCCAGAGAACCAGGAUGGCUUGAAGGAACUCUAAAUGGCAGGAGAGGGCUUAUUCCACAAAACUAUGUUCAGUUUCUUUAGCUCUCUACAUUUAACGCCCAGAAGGUGUACAUGGUAUCCAUGGAUUUUUGUUAGUCACUUCUCUCCACUUUGGUGACUGGUUUUAAUCAAGGAAGAGCUAGACAAUGGGAUGAAGAGACUAAUCUGUAUAAAGAUAAAAUGUUGCCAAAUAGGAAUUGCAGAGAUGUGAUUUGUAAGGUGGCUUUUUUUAGGGGGGGGGGGGCAGUUUAAUUUUAUGAACAGGGUUUUACAUGUGCAAAGCACAACAGCAAUAUGUUUGCAGGAUAACCCGAAUUUUAAGUCAGAUACAUGGUUGAACUCAUAGUCAGCUGUCAUUUGGAGAAAAGUUUAAAAGUAUUUACAUUGUCCUGGUGCUGAUUAAAUUGAAAUUUGAAAACUGUAUUUAUAUCCACUGUUAAAUGUUGUCAACACUCUAUUUUUCUGGUUCUGAAAAGUUAUUGGGCAAAGAGGCUCUUAUGCUGAAGGCAAAGUAAUAUUCUGAAAGGGGAGUGGAAGUAGCUGGAUCAGAUUUUCAGAUAAAUAAAAUCCACGGAGAGGGGGAUAUGAGAUUUUUCAAGUGUCUUCAAAAUGCAGAUGCCUUUAUGUGAUGUGUGUAGCUUCAUUUAUAUUAUUUUCAACACAGGACCCAUUAACAUUUAUUGCAGGCUCCAGUACCUCCGGUUCCAUAUUGUGCAAUUUUCAAAGUACAGGUUUGUCACCCAAAAAAUCACUGUAAAUGAAAUGUUAUUUACUGUUUGUCUCUCUCUCAUGUUGUUGGAGAAUGAUUUGCUCUGUUUCUAUAAAUCAGUAACUGAAAUAAACUUCUCUUAGUUACUGGAAGGUGUGUGUGCAGAAUCAGUAGAGAGGAAGGCACUGCUGAUUCAGAACAGCUAUAAGUUAGGAAGGACAUUCCUCACAGCAAACAACUUACUUACUGACUUCAUUAACAUCUGCUAAAUACAACUACAGGGUCACAUGCUGCAUUGAUUCUAUAGGACGAUCUCAUUGCACACAAGAGGGUCUCCCUGUAUUCCCCCCCCCCCUCAAGCUCCCUGUGGGCCUCCCUUCCAUCCCUUGCUAUUUCAGGGACUGCAACACACACACACCAUUGCUUCCCAUUCUGCCUCCAUGCCAGGAGUUCUGUGCCCCAUUUCUCCCCUUAGCCGGGGCCGCUAUUCUCACCCUGCCAUCUUACUGGAUAUGUUUCAGGAUGUAAGGUCAGAUUAAAAGUCAAGGUGAGUUUUACCAUUGGCUUCAAAGAGCCCUUAUUUGUCCUAUAGGGCCUAUGCAGCCCUUAGUUGUACUGAGUAGUAGCUAGUUUUACUGAAUAGUAUCUUACUCCUCAAGUAGCCCCAUUGUAAGUGAUGGGACUAUUUGAGCAGUAAGAAACUCAUCAAUGUGCAUGGGAAAGAUAUCAGAAUCUGGUCCGUUAGUGAACUGUGUAUCUCACAAAUCUUUGCCACGUGAUAAAAAUAUGAUGAAAGGUAGUCACCAUUGUGCUGAGUGCAAUUUGUCUUCUCCCUUGCCCCUCUUGCUUAAAAACACGAACAAAUAACACACCCUUUUAAGACUAAUACACUGCAUUAAGGUGAGCUUCAUGCAUUUUGACUAUUUUUGCAAACCAAAAAAUAUUGCCGAUAUAUUAAGUUACUAGUCUUAAAACAGGAGUAGUUAAUGCUCUUUCAUUUUCUUUUUAAAGAAAAGUUUUCAUGCAAUGCCGUUAUCUGUUCCUGUGCCUAGACCUUCUGAGUAAACACAAAUGAACUUCAGAUGGUGGGCUGAGUUGGUGUUGCGGUCCAAAUGGAACUCUUCCAAGCUAUGAGGUUUAAUAUAUGUCAUUGUGUCUGAGGGGAUGGUGAGCUUUGCCAAACAGCUUUAAGGCAAUUCUGGCUGGGAGGUUAUACUGAAGAUGGUGUAGGACUACUGUAAUGAGAUCAAGUGCUCUAAUCUGUCCCUUGAUACAAGAGUAAGGAAAUAAUCCCUCUGAUAACAUUGAGCAAUAGAUCAUAGGUUUGCUCCCUCAAAUUUGUUCAGUUUGGAAGGCAGUGUUUGGCAGUCAGUCAGUCUCAUUUGUGAACAUGCAAUAGCACCAAACUGUGCAUAAUCUUUUGGCUCAGAGUGUGUUUGGUCCUGCACUGUUUUCCAAAUGCUUUAGUUCUUGGUCUAGCAUGCAACUAAAGUGGGUUAAAAAAGGUAGAGGAAAAGUAGUAAGAGAUUUAACUUGUGGAGCACCACCUCACCCACUGCUAUGAUCCUGUUUGCUGCAUUGCCUUGAGUUCUGCAAACUCCUGCAUAAACUAUUCUGAACUUCCAGUUAUUUCAGGUUCUUUUGCCUCUGGUAGCUCAAGUAAAUCUAUGCCAGCUCCAAGCAACCCUAAGAAGAGGAAGAGAACCCUGUUAAGUGUAUUAUUUCCUGGUAGGAGAGGUAAUGCUAAUUUCAUUUUUCAUUCCUAAUUCAUCUUAUCUUUUUAAUCAAGGAUUUUGUAAAAGCAAGGGUAUGAGUAAGCUGGGUCAGAACUGUGCCAAGUUGAACAUACUGCCUACUACUUUUAAGAAUUCAGCUCUGGUAACUCUGGCACUGGUGGGAAGGUCUUCUGUCUUGACUUACACUCUGAUUAAUAAAAAGAACAGGAGUACUUGUGACACCGUAGAGACUAAC